GCACAGAGUAGAGGUGUAAGUGAUGAGUAAUUUUUUAAAAUGAUUAUUUUAUGAGUUGGUUAGGUGUUCACCUCAAAUGAGGUGGGUCUUUAGCUGUUUUUUGAAGAUGGUGAGAGAUUCUGAUUGAGGUUGGCAGUUCAUUCCACCACCGAGGAACAGUUAGUUUGAAUGUUCUUGAAGUGGACCUUGAGCCACGCUAAGUAAGCACUACUAAGCGUCGGUCGUUGAUUGAUCGCAGAUUACGUGAGGGAACGUAAGCCUUCAGGAGAGAGUUGAGGUAGGGGGGUGCUGUUCCUGACAAGGUCUUGUAGGUGAGCAUCAAGGCCUUGAAUUUGAUGUGGGCUACUACAGGAAGCCAGUGGACGGAGAUGAAGAGGGGUGUGACAUGGGUUCUCUUGGGCUGGUUGAAGAUGAGGUGUGCUGCUGCAUUCUUAUCUAUAUGUGAUUCUUUCAACUUAUUUCUAUAAAUGUUAGCCAACCCCCAUCUACGUGUUUUAUUAUUAUUAUUAUUGUAGUUCUUGAUGUCUUUGUUGUACUUUAUUGAAACUCAGUUAACUAAAAAGCAACAAAGAAAAGAAUGUGCAGUAGGAAGGUGCAGUAGAGUUUCUCAGCCACCAGGGGCCGCUGUUGUUUUCAUUCGUGUGGGCGGGGCUUCAGGUCUCUUCAGGCUUCUCUGCUAUGCACGAAUGCGGCUUUUGUUUGGCGGUGACUCGCGCGCCGUCUCCAUGGAGAUGAGGGAGCGGAAGGCGGUGAUAGAUGAUGAGGCCCGGACACAGGCGGACACGGCCAUUACUGCGAAACCACCGAGCUACAAUGUAAUUCAGACUGGGGCAUGUAGCUGUUGGUAUGUGAGACUCACUGCUGUCCUGCCAUAGUUACUUUUGGUCUAAAUGUCUUUGACACAUGCUGAAAUGAGCCAGAUCUUAAGCGUUUCUCAAUCCCUGAUGUGCAACACUACUGUGUUCCUACACACAUGCACACAUGGGAGUGGUCUAAGUGGUCUGAGUAGGACUCUCCGGUAUUUGUGAGAUUGUAUAAAGCUUUGGCAGUUUAGAAGUCUAAAAAAAGUCUCUCGCCCACAGCUCAAAGAUGUCGCUGCUGGUUCUUGGAGUAGGUGUUUGCUUGGCUGGGUGGAUCGCUCUUUAUGUGCUGCUGUGUUACACAAACGGCUCUUGUGGCUAUGAAUGGAACUGUCGGCUGGUCACACUGUUUCAUGGCAUCCUCGCAGUGUGUAUAACUGCAUACAUAGGCUACAUAGAUGGACCAUGGCCUUUCACCUAUCCAGGCACAAAGAACACCCCUGUCCAAAUCACAGCAAUGGUGCUCAGUCUAGGCUACUUCAUCUUCGACAUGGCCUGGUGCGUGUACUUCCAGACUGAGGGUCUGGUAAUGCUUGCCCACCAUACCAUGAGCAUUCUGGGUAUUCUGCUGACCCUGUGGCUGGGUGAGUCGGGUAUCGAGUCCUGCGCCGUGAUCUUCGGCAGCGAGAUUACCAACCCGCUGUUGCAGACCCGCUGGUUCCUGAAGCACUCUGGCCGCUACAACACUUUCCUGGGCGACUUGGUGGACAUCCUGUUCGUGUUCUUGUUUGUCAUUAUGCGAGUAUUCGUGGGCGGCGCCAUGCUGUACUGUGAGCUGAUCUCACCCAGGCCAAAGUUCAUUAUCAAGUGUGGUGGCGUGGCCAUGUAUGUAUUGUCGUGGGUGUUUGUAGCUGACAUUUUCCGUUUUGCAUACCGUAAAAGCAGCGUGAAAUUCCAGCACUGGAAGAGUCCAGCUCAAGUACAUGCUGAUAUCAACGGCCAAGAAAUUAAGAGGGACUAAUGGAGUUUCGGUUAUUUCCGAUCUGGACAUAAUUUCUAUCAGAAUUUACAGAAUAUUAUCUAACUUUGUUAACUAUGUUUUUAUGAACAUGACUGUAGCGGAAUAUGACCACCACCGGCUUUUAGAACUGAUUUACACUUGAAAUAGUAGUUAUUUUUGAUUAAUUGUUUAAGGAAAUAAUUGCUUUUACAUUUUUUUUACUUCAGAUUUUUAACUUUUCUAACAGAAACCUAACUUUGCCCAGUCUAUUUUAGUAGAAAUUUCAAAUGCCCUUUGAGCCUGAUCCUGUUGAGCGUCUCCUAAAUCGCAUCUCUUGCUGGGAACACUGAAGCAAAUCUGACGAGGAAAGGUGGAUAAUGGUUUUAAGGUUAAAUGGUAAUUAUAUUAAAGUACUUCAAAUUAAUUCUUGAAAUAACCCAUGCACUUGGAUGUUCAACUUAGAAGUCAUUUUUUGUGUCAUGUUUUCAUUUUAGAAAUCAGUAUUUUAAAAAAAAUAUAUAAAAAUAACACACUGUAAUGACAAACAAUACACUGUGAACAUUCAGAAGUUUGCUUGCGUGAGAAAAAUGUUGGACGUUUCCUUUAAACCACAUUGAAGUUUUCACACUUUUUAACUUGUGCAAUAUUGUGUACAAUAGUAUGUUUACUGUGGUUUUUACAUUUUUGUAAAAUUAAGGAUUUCAACUAAUUUUGACAGUGAUAAUAAAUGGAACAAAUAUGAA